AUGCUUGUAUCAGUCCUUGUUGAUCGAUAUCAACGUGUUUUUGCUCGAAAACUAUAUAUAAAUGAAGAUAUAGUAGAUUUUCAUGAUUUUUCUGAUGAUGAAAAUAAUGAUGCAGAUUCUAGAGGUGGUUCAUUUCUAUUUCAUCGACAUUACAGCAGUAUGAAAGAAAUUGAAAAUCCUGAUGCAAGAGCAAAAUUGAAUUCCCAAUUUGAAAAAGAUGAUAAACAUGUAAUACCUGCAAUCAAAAUUUUAUCCACACCUGAUGUAGAUGUUAUCAAUGAAAACCCAAUAAGUCAACGUAAUAGUGAUGUUCAUUUUAUUAUUGGUUAUGGUGAUAAUAAAAAACAUGAAAAAUCACGUGGCUUAUUAGAAACAAUAAAUUCUGUUGUUGCUCAAAAACAAAUUUCUGGUGAGAAUAUAGAAUUAAGUAUUAUACCUGAAGAAAAACAACAAUCAAAUCCAUAUGCUGUUAAAUUUCGUAUUUCCUUUUCUUCUGAUGAAGAUACAGAUGAUGAUGAUGACGAAGAAUUAACUGAAAUUGUUACAGGUUGUGGAAAUAGAGGAAACGUAUUAAGAAAAUUUUAA